AUGUCGGCCAUUGUUCCAAUUCGGUUCCAUGAACUGUUCACCGUAAGUGUUUUUAAACUAUUUUUUGUUUUUAGGUAACAAAAAGCGAGAUGCAUAUUUGUUUCUUGUAGAAUAAUGAGUUUGGUAGUGAAUAUUGACUUUAUGUUAUCUUAAAAAUGGUUUUCAGAAAGCAUCAAUUUUAAUUUGUAAUAGUAUUUUGUAUCUAAAUUUUUUGACGUAAGCUUAAUAUGUGUUCUUAUCUUUUGACAAUGUUGUUUUAGUUGCCUAGUCUUGGUAUCAGUAACCAAUGCAUCAAUUUCACAAAUGUGACAAUGGAAUCGGACAAAUUCAUUGUAGUCAGGGAACAGGUUGGCGGCUCUAACCAGGUAGUCAUUGUUGAUGUUAAUAAGCCAAAUGAUAUUCUACGACGACCGAUCACGGCAGACUCCGUGAUCAUGCAUCCGACACGCAAGAUCAUAGCAUUGAAGUGUGAGUUUUACUAAUUUUAAUCAGAGUAACAUUGUUUUUGGACUAAAAUUUGAGGAAUUGUAUCAUUUCCAGAGAAGUUUGUUUUUUUGCCAAGAUUUUGAAGCUAAAUUCUAUUUCUAAUACAAAUGAUUUAAUCAACUUUAAUGUCAAUAUUGUUUUUUAGCUCAAAAACAACUUCAAAUGUUUGAUAUUGACCAGAGGGCGAAGCUGAAGUCUCACUUGAGUAACGAGGACGUUGUUUACUGGAAGUGGAUUAACGAGAAGACAGUUGGAUUGGUAACAGAAACCAGUGUUUACCAUUGGCAUUUGGAAGGUAAGUUUUGAUGCAAAAAUGACUUUAUGUUGUAAAUUUUUUAAUAUUUUAUGUUGUGUAGAUUUUGCAAUAUAAAUCUAUUACUUUUAGGACAGAAUCCUCCAGUAAAGGCUUUUGAUCGUCACUCUAAUCUGAAGGACUGCCAAAUCAUCUCCUACAAGUGCGACCACACCGCCAAGUUAUUGUUGCUUCAAGGAAUUGCCGUGAAGGACAACAGAGUUGCUGGUUCGAUGCAAUUGUACAGUGAAGAGCGACAACUAGCUCAGCCCAUCGAGGGUCAUGCUUCAUGUUUCCUUCAAUUCACCCAAGAAGGUAACCCUCAUCCUUCCAACUUGUUCUGCUUUGCUGCUAGAACCCAGACUAACUCUCGGCUUCACGUUAUCGAAGUCUCGACUCCACCAGCCGGAAACCAACCGUUUAACAAGAAACAAGUCGAGAUUCAAUUCGCUGCUGAAUCUGCCAAUGAUUUCCCAAUCUCCAUGCAGGUAUGUCGAGUAUUUUUUUUUCAUUUUUCUAUUUUUAGGCUUCUGCUACCCAUGGAGUUGUCUUCAUGAUCACCAAACACGGCUUCGUCCAAGUGUUUGAUGUUGAAACUGGAACUUCAAUCUACACUCUGCGAGUUUCUUCUGAAACUAUCUUUGUGACUGCGGAACAUCAGUCUCUGAAUGGAUUUUUGGGUAUCAACAGACCUGGCCAAGUCUUGGCUAUUGGAAUCGACGAUCAAGCCAUUGUAUCAUACUUGAAGAACCAACUUCAGAACCCAGAUUUGGCUUUGAAGAUGGCAACACGGUGCAAAUUGGAAGGUGCUGAAGAUCUAUUUGUCAGAAAGUUUAACCUUUUGUUCGGAAAUGGUCAAUACGAAGAGGCUGCUCGUGUAGCCGUCAACGCUCCCAACAGCAUUCUUCGUACUCCUGGUACUCUCCAGAAGUUCCAACAAGCUCCAGCUGUUCCUGGUCAAAGCGCUACACCGUUGUUGAAGUACUUCAACGUGCUCUUGGAAUCAGCUCAAUUGAACAAGUACGAAUCUCUGGAAUUGUGUAGACCAGCCAUCGCUCAGAACCGGAAACAACUGGUCGAGAAGUGGUUGUCGGAGAACAAAUUGGAAUGCUCCGAGGAUCUUGGAGAUCUGGUCAAGACUAUCGACCCUACCCUUGCUUUGAGUAUCUACUUGAGAGGAAAUGUACCACACAAGGUAGUACAAUGUUUCGCCGAGACUGGACAAUUCGAGAAGAUUAUCUUGUACUCAAAGAAGGUCGGAUUCGAACCAGACUACCUGUUUCAGUUGAGACAAGUUCUCAGGUCAAACCCUGAUGCUGCUGUAGCUUUUGCUACAAAGUUGGCUACUGAAGGACCGGACGAGAAGGGUCUUGUGGAAUUGAAUCAAGUAAGAAAUUUUAAAUGAUCUGUGUAUUAAUUUUUUAAAUUUAUUCUAUUUUAUUCUUUUAAAAGCAUUUUAUUACAUGACUUUUGAUUUAAGAUUGUCGAUUGCUUCUCUGAUGUGAACGCUGUUCAACAAUGUACCAAGUUUUUGUUGGAGUUGGUCAACAAGGGUGUGACUUUGGAGCCAAACCUUCAAACCAGGUUGUUGGAGAUGAACUUGACGAUGAAUCCUCCCGUCGCCGAUGCCAUUUUGGGUAACAACGUUUUGAAGGACUACGAUCGUGUUGCUAUUGGUCAGUUGUGUGAGAAGGCUGGUCUGCUGCAAAGAGCUCUCGAGCACUUUACCGACAUUUAUGACAUCAAGAGGACUGUUGUCCAUACUCACCAAUUCCAGCCUGACGUAAGCAUACAUUGUUUUAACAACAUUAAUUUUAUCAAACGGUUGUUUUAUAUUUUGGUAACAGUUUUUAUAUUUUAGUGGCUUAUAAACUACUUUGGUCGUCUCAGUGUCAGCGACACUUUGGAGUGUCUGAAGGCCAUGCUUCAAGCCAAUCUUCGGCAGAAUCUCAAUAUCGUUGUUAAAAUAGCUUCACGAUACGCUGAACAGCUUCAAACCCAACCAAUCAUCGAGUUGUUUGAAUCGUUCAAGUCAUUCGAAGGCCUGUACUACUUCUUGGGCUCUAUUGUCAACUUUUCUCAAGAUCCAGACGUCCACUUCGCUUACAUUCAAGCUGCUACUCGAACUGGUCAACUGAAGGAAGUUGAAAGAAUCUGUAGAGAAUCGAAUGUCUACAAUGCUGAGAUGGUCAAGAACUACUUGAAGGAAGCCAAACUGGCUGAUCAACAAGCUUUGAUGAUUGUCUGCGACAGACACGACAUGGUUCAUGAUCUUGUUUUGUAUCUGUUCCGCAACAACCUCCACAAAUCUAUCGAAGUGUUUGUCAACAAAGUUAACGCUGCCAGACUUCCGGUUGUCGUUGGGGCUUUGUUGGAUGUUGAUUGCAGUGAAGAAGCCAUUAAACAGUUGAUUGUGAACUGUCGUGGCAAAUUUGACAUCGACGCUUUGGUAGAAGAAGUUGAACGUCGCAAUAGGUAAGUGAUAUUGUUGAAGCACUAAUCUGUCUUUAGGUUGAAACUGCUCUCAAGCUGGUUAGAAGGUCGUGUUCACGAAGGCGCUACUGAUGCCGCUACGCACAAUGCUUUGGCCAAGAUUCAUAUUGAUGCUAACAACAAUCCUGAACGAUUCUUGAAGGAGAACCAGUACUACGACUCAUCUAUUGUCGGAAAAUACUGUGAAAAGAGAGAUCCACACUACGCCCUGGUCGCUUACGAACGAGGAAAUUGCGACGAAGAGAUCAUCAAGGUCUGUAACGAGAACUCACUCUUUAAGAACUUGGCGAGAUACUUGGUCAGAAGACGAGAUGCUGCUCUUUGGGGAUCUGUUCUUGCUGAAGACACUGCUCAUCGUCGCUCACUUAUCGACCAAGUUGUCCAAACAGCUUUUGCUGAAACCCAGGACCCAGAAGAUAUCUCAGUCACUGUGAAGGCUUUCAUGUCAGCCAAUCUGCCACAUGAGUUGAUCGAGUUGUUGGAGAAGAUUGUACUGGACAGCUCCAACUUUGGCCAGCACAGAAACCUUCAGAAUCUGUUGAUUUUGACUGCCGUCAAGUCUGAAGCCGGUCGAGUUAUGGAAUACAUUCAGAAACUGGACAACUACGACGCUCCUGAUAUUGCAAACAUCUGUAUCUCCGGAGAACUCUACGAAGAAGCCUUCGAAAUCUUCAGAAAGUUUGAUGUGAACGCCUCAGCUAUUCAAGUCCUUAUCGACAACAUCAAGAACCUGGACCGUGCUUACGAAUUCGCCGAAAAAGUUAAUGAACCAGCUGUUUGGGGACAAUUGGCUCGUGCUCAGCUUGAAGAAGGCCUUGUCAAGGAAUCAGUCGACUCUUACAUCAAGGCUAAUGAUCCUCGUGCUUUCAUCGAUGUCGUCAAGAAGUGUUCUGACACCGAGCAUUGGGAAGAUCUUGUCCGGUUCCUUCAGAUGGCUCGCAAGAAGUCCAGAGAAUCCUUCAUCGAAACCGAGCUUUGCUUUGCUUACGCCAAGACUAACCGGCUACAGGAUUUGGAGCAGUUUGUUCACGAACCAAAUCAUGCUUCCAUUCAACAAGUGGGAGACAGAUGCUUCGAACAAGGCAUGUACCCAGCUGCCAAGAUCCUCUACAACAGUAUCUCCAACUACGCCAAGUUGGCCAUUACUGUUGUCAAGAUGGGAGACUAUCAAGGUAAGUAUCUGUCUUGCAAUGUCCUGUAAAACUUAUUACUGUGAUAAAAAUUGUAAACUGUUACAGUAUGUAUAAAAACUUUAAAUUUCAGGUGCUGUUGACGCAGGAAGAAAGGCCAACUCAACCAAGACCUGGAAGGAAAUUUGCUUCGCUUGUGUCGACCAAGAAGAAUUCAGAUUGGCCCAGAUUUGUGGCCUCCAUAUUGUUGUACAUGCUGAUGAACUGGAAGAGCUGAUCAACUACUACCAAAAGGCUGGUUACUUCGAGCAACUCAUCAGUCUUCUGGAAGCUGCCCUCGGAUUGGAACGUGCUCACAUGGGAAUGUUCACCGAGCUGGCCAUCCUCUACUCCAAGUACAAGCCGGAGAAGAUGCGUGAACAUCUGGAGUUGUUCUGGUCUCGUGUCAACAUCCCCAAGGUUCUGAGAGCUGCUGAGCAAUCUCACUUGUGGUCUGAAUUGGUCUUCUUGUACGAUAAGUACGAAGAGUUUGACAACGCCAUUUUGACCAUGAUCAACCACCCGACUGUCGCUUGGAGGGAACAACAUUUCAAGGAGAUCAUCCCUAAGGUAGCCAACGUGGAGCUCUACUACAAGGCCAUUCAAUUCUACUUGGACUACAAGCCGACCUUAUUGAACGAUCUUCUUGUGGUUCUGUCGCCUCGAUUGGAUCUCUCAAGGACGGUCCAAAUCUUUGAGAAGGGAGGCCAUUUGAAGCUAGUCCAGCCUUUCCUCAAACAGGUCCAGAACAUGAACAACAAGGCGUUGAACGAGUGCUUGAACUUGAUGUACAUUGAUGAGGAAGACUACGAAUCACUCAGAGCCAGCAUCGACUCCUACGAUAACUUUGACAACAUCGCUUUGGCUCAACAAUUGGAGAAGCACGAGUUGACUGAGUUCAGAAGAAUCUCAGCUUACCUAUUCAAAGGUAACAAUAGAUGGAAGCAGUCGGUCGAAUUGUGCAAGAGGGACAAACUGUUCAAGGUACGGUUAAUCUUAUUUUGUUAAUUUUUGUAGUUUUGUCAGAAAAUAUAAAAUUUUUAAUUUAAGGACGCGAUGGAAUAUGCCUCUGAGAGUAGGAAGCCAGAGAUCGUGGAAGAUCUGUUGAAGUUCUUCUUGGAGAACGACAAUAAGGAGUGCUUUACUGCUGCGUUGGUAAAGUGUUACGACUUGUUGAAGCCUGACAUUGUACUUGAACUGGCCUGGAAACACAAAAUCAUGGACAACGUGAUGCCUUACAUGAUCCAGAUUAUGCACGACUACAGUAAACGAGUAAGUGUUUUGUAGAAUGACUUGUUUUAUCAUUUUUUGUUGAAAUUGUACAAUUCUCUUUUCAGAUUGAUAACCUAGAAAAAGCUAACGAAGAACGGAAGCAAGAACUGAAGGAGACCGUGGAACGUGCUGGCUCCGUGAUGGAAACACAACCCAUGUUGGCCUACGCCCCAGCCAAUCAGAUGCCUCCUCCAGCUGGUGCUUAUGGAGUACCGCCAGCUGCACCAGGCGGCUACCAAGCUCCAUUCUUUGGUCGUUAA